GGCGGCGGCGGCGGCCCAGCGCCAGGACGACGCCGCGCAGCGCCCGACGCGGACCACUUUCAUGCUGAUUCCCCCGGACCCGGGCAGCGCUCCGGCCACUCCGUGGGCCGCCGGCCUCCGCCCCGGCCUGCCUGGCUCUCUGGGUGCGCCCGAGACCGGCGCCUCUGCUCUCCUAGUCCUCCUGAUUUCGAUGGCUUUCCUGAAUGGCUGACUGUGGGCUGCCCUGGACUUGGCCCCCGGACAGUCGCCUCUCCUCCUCCACCUCCUCCUCCUCCUCCUCUUCCUCCUCCUCCUCCAACUCCUCGGCUGCACACCAGCUCUGAGAGCGAGAGAGUGAACGAGAGAGGGAGGGAGAGAGUGAGAGCGAGGGAGAUCUUUGGAGAGAUUUUUUUUUUUUUUUUUUGCCUCUUACUUCUGUCUUGAAGCCAGACAAUCGACUUGCAGCUCUCCCUCCCCUCCCUCUCUCUCCACGUUCUGCUCCCACUUGCUCUCCCCCGGCCCCAUCCCCUCCCCUCCCGGCGGAAAGCCCCCCGAAAGCAACAAAGCUGAGCCGAGAGAAACAAACAAAACAAACACACCGGGCCAGACAAGCAAUCGACAAAACUUUGCAAAGCAGAAACAAAAAAGGAAAAACUAACCAACCUCAACCAACCAGACCCCGAGCCACCCGGGGCGCCCUCUCGCACCCUUGCACACACAAAAGGCGGCGCGCCGGAGCCCGAGACCCGGGAGCCGCCGCCGCCAGCAGCCAGGGGAGCAGGAAGUCCGGACGCGGCCCCCAUAGAUAUGGCAAUGGUAGUCAGCACGUGGCGCGACCCCCAGGACGAGGUGCCCGGCUCUCAGGGCAGCCAGGCCUCGCAGGCGCCGCCUGUGCCCGGCCCGCCGCCCGGCGCCCCGCACACGCCACAGACGCCCGGCCAAGGGGGCCCGGCCAGCACGCCGGCCCAGACGGCGGCCGGCGGCCAGGGCGGCCCUGGCGGUCCGGGCGGUGACAAGCAGCAGCAGCAGCAGCACAUCGAGUGCGUGGUGUGCGGGGACAAGUCGAGCGGCAAGCACUACGGCCAGUUCACGUGCGAGGGCUGCAAGAGCUUCUUCAAGCGCAGCGUGCGGAGGAACCUGAGCUACACGUGCCGCGCCAACCGGAACUGUCCCAUCGACCAGCACCACCGCAACCAGUGCCAGUACUGCCGCCUCAAAAAGUGCCUCAAAGUGGGCAUGAGACGGGAAGCGGUGCAGAGGGGCAGGAUGCCGCCCACCCAGCCGACCCACGGGCAGUUUGCGCUGACCAACGGGGACCCCCUCAACUGCCACUCGUACCUGUCCGGAUAUAUUUCUCUGCUGCUGCGCGCCGAACCCUAUCCCACGUCGCGCUUCGGCAGCCAGUGCAUGCAGCCCAACAACAUCAUGGGCAUCGAGAACAUUUGCGAACUGGCCGCGCGGAUGCUCUUCAGCGCCGUCGAGUGGGCCCGGAACAUCCCCUUCUUCCCUGACCUGCAGAUCACCGACCAGGUGGCCCUGCUUCGCCUCACCUGGAGCGAGCUGUUCGUGCUGAACGCGGCACAGUGCUCCAUGCCCCUCCACGUCGCCCCGCUACUGGCCGCCGCCGGCCUACACGCCUCGCCCAUGUCCGCCGACCGGGUGGUCGCCUUUAUGGACCACAUACGGAUCUUCCAAGAGCAAGUGGAGAAGCUCAAAGCGCUGCACGUCGACUCCGCCGAGUACAGCUGCCUCAAGGCCAUAGUCCUGUUCACCUCAGAUGCCUGUGGUCUCUCUGAUGUAGCCCAUGUGGAAAGCUUGCAGGAAAAGUCCCAGUGUGCUUUGGAAGAAUACGUUAGGAGCCAGUACCCCAACCAACCAACGCGAUUCGGAAAGCUUUUGCUUCGUCUCCCUUCCCUCCGCACGGUCUCCUCCUCAGUCAUAGAGCAAUUGUUUUUCGUCCGUUUGGUAGGUAAAACCCCCAUCGAAACCCUCAUCCGGGAUAUGUUACUGUCCGGCAGCAGUUUUAACUGGCCGUAUAUGGCAAUUCAAUAAAUAAAUAAAUCAAGAUAAGAAGGGGGAGUGAAACAGAGAGAAAGAAAAGGCAAAAGACUGGUUUGUUUGCUUAAAUUCCUUCUAUUAAGAAAGGAUAUAAAAGGAUGUUACAAGUUUGCUAAAAGAAGAGAGGGGAAGAAUUUAAUGGACUGUGAAUUUCCAAAAAAAAAAAGACUGUCAAAUGAACUUUUACAGAAUGCAUUAAAAAAAACAAACUCCUGUGUCGGUCAGAACAACUUGCUACUUAUCAUUUUUGUAUAAAAAGGAAAUUAGUCUUUUUCUUUUUUUGGUAAAUUUUGGAAAAAUAUUGCUAAAAGUGCAUUUAAGGAGAUUGGGAGAAAAAUUAGCAGAAUGGAGAAAGUAAGUCUUUUUUUUUCCAAAUUAUUAAUUGUCCUGUGUCUAUGUACCUCUAGCUGUUCUUUUUUGUACUUUUCUGGUUCCAAACCAGUUUAUUCUGUGGUUCUAUAAUAAGUUUUGAUAUAAUCUUGGCUUCUUAAAAACUGUGUAUCCUUAAAAUAUAUGUUCUGCAAGAAUUAAAACUCAGUCCAUGAAAAUAUCAUAGGAAGACAUAAAACUUUAAAAGGCAACUCAAAGAUGAUGGAAACGCACUUACAAGUGGUGACCAAAAAUUUUAGGUGAAGUUGAGCACUCUAAUUUGAGAACUGGAGGAACCACAUACAACACUUAACUUCCCCUACCCUCCCCACCCCCCCAAAAAAAGAUACCAUGACAAACCUAGCUUUUUAAAAAUAUUUUAAGAAAGAGAAUGAACUGUGGAAUUUAUUGGCAGCCAAGGAAUGUGUCCAAGACACAUGCUGAGGUUUUGAAUAAAAAGUGAACUUUUGUAAUUUGAAUUGGGUCCCGCUUACUUCUUGAAUUGUUAUGAAAAUCCUAUAUCUGUUUGUAUAUUUGCAAACCCUUUGUAUUAUAAUUGUUGAUAUUUUCCCUUUUUAAAAAAUACCAUUGAAAUCAGCAUGACAAAAUAACACUGUUGGCACUUAUAGGUAACGUGAUUGAUUCAGUAUCUUAGAGUUUACAGUUUGUGUUUUAAAAAAACUGAAGGUUUUUUUUUAAGUGCAACAUUUCUGUAUACUGUAAAAGUUAUAAUAACUGAACUGUUUGGUCGAGUCUUUGUGUGUUAUAUUCCAAGGAAAAUUGAAAGUAUUCAGAAAUUAAAAUAUUAUUUGAUAUCUGAAA